AUGCCGAAUGAGCAACAUCCUUGCUCAAGAUGGAAGGGCCCCCCUUCUGGACUGUACAAGCUAAAUUCAGAUGCAGCCUUCCAAGGGAGGCGGUUGAGAAUAGGAGGGAUCUUGAGGGAUGAGGAGGGGGUGGCAGUGGUGACUUAUUGUUCGACUGAAGAUGGGAAGUUUGAUGUGGCAGUUGGCGAGGCAAUGGCUAUGCGUUCUAGCCUCAAGAUAGCUAUGGAAGCGGGUUUUAGGAAUUUUAUCCUGGAAACUGAUAAUAUAAGGUUGUUCCAUCAUUUGAAGAAGGCCUCCUCUCCUCCUUGCUAUUUUGGUAGAUUGGUGAAGGAUAUCCUAACUUUGUCGAGGAAUUGUCAGAGCUGUGUUUUUUCUUUCGUCAAAAGGUCCAGGAAUGGUGCUGCUCAUAGCUUAGCAAAGUUGAGUUUUUCUUUUAGUGAAUAUCGAGUGUGGCUUGAAGAGUACCCUCCUGAAAUUCAGGGGGUUUUAUGUACCGAUAUUGAAAAUUUGAUGAUUUGA